UCUCCCUACUUAUCCACCCUUCUCCCGUUUCAGCAGCCGUAAGUAAGUAACUAUACCAAAUACGCUCUUCAAUUCCCUCUUCCACAACACCCCAACAGAACAAAAUCAAGAAAACCCAGUUCCCAACAAUGGAGGAAAACCCCCAUUUUCCAUGGCCGCCGUCUCUCCUUUUCUUUAUUAUCGCCGCCACGCUGCUCCCAAUUUCACAUUCUCAACAACAGAGCCCUUCAUACCUGAACUUCGUCUCCAACGCGACGGAUUUUCCGGCGGAGGAUUACUUCGACUACGUGAUCGUCGGCGGCGGCACCGCCGGUUGCCCACUGGCGGCGACGCUCUCGGAAAGAUUUAAGGUUCUUGUUCUUGAGAGGGGAGGAAUCCCCUUUGGGAACCCUAAUUUGAUGACCCGAGAAGGGUUCCUCACGACCCUGACGGAAACCGACGCCUACGAAUCUCCGGCGCAAUCUUUCACCUCCGAAGACGGCGUCCCCAACGCCAGAGGCAGAGUUCUCGGCGGCAGCAGCGCCAUUAACGCCGGCUUCUACAGCAGAGCCGACCAGGAGUUCUACGCCAGGUCGGGAAUCAAUUGGGAUCUCCGAACGGUGAAUCAAUCUUAUCAAUGGAUCGAAAAAGCAAUCGUGUUCCGCCCACAGCUGAAAAACUGGCAAUCCGCCGUCCGCGACGCGUUAAUCGAGGCCGGAAUCGAUCCGUACAACGGAUUCAGCCUCGACCAUCUCGCCGGCACCAAGAUCGGCGGCUCCACCUUCGAUAGCGCCGGCCGCCGCCACAGCGCCGCCGAUCUUCUCAGCUAUGGCAGCCAUAAGAACAUCAAAGUCGUCGUGCACGCCAGCGUGGAGAGAAUUCUAGUGGCGUCGUCUUCCCCAAACCCUGAUCGGAAACAGAACGCCAUCGGCGCCGUGUUCCGGGAUCACUUCGGCGGCUACCACCACGCCAUGGUUAAGGAGAAGGGAGAGGUUUUCCUCUGCGCCGGCGCCCUCGGCAGCCCUCAGCUCCUCCUCCUCAGCGGCGUCGGGCCGCGGCCGUACCUCGCGUCGUGGGGGAUUCCGGUCGUCUACCACCAGCCGUACGUCGGCCGGUUCGUCUACGACAACCCUAGAAACGGAAUUUCAAUCGUUCCGCCGGUGCCGUUGGAUCAUUCCUUAAUCCAAGUCGUCGGCGUCACCGCCGCCGGGACAUACCUCGAAGCGGCGUCGAACAUCGUCCCGUUCGCCUCCCCUGCCCGCCCCGUCUUCGUCGCGCCGCCGGGCUCCUCCGCGUACCUCACGGUGGCGACGCUGAUGGAAAAGAUCGUCGGGCCGGUCUCCGCCGGUUCUCUCCGGCUCGCCUCGACCGACGUCCGGGUUAACCCGAUAGUCCGGUUCAAUUACUUCAGCAAUCCCGACGACCUCAAGCUAUGUAUGAAUGGCACGCGCAAAAUCGGCGAGGUGCUGAAAAGCAGGGCUAUGGAGGAUUUCAAGUUCCACCAUUGGUUCGGUUCACGAGACUUCCGAUACGUCGGUCCGCCAUUGCCGGCGGACCUUUCCGACGAUGCGCAGAUGAGCGAUUUCUGCCGCCACACGGUGAACACAAUCUGGCACUACCAUGGCGGAUGUCUGGUCGGGAAGGUCGUAGAUCGCGACCUGAAAGUCAUCGGAAUCGACGGAUUGAGAGUGAUCGAUGGAUCCACGUUUACCGUCUCUCCAGGGACCAAUCCUCAAGCUACUGUCCUAAUGCUGGGAAGGUUUUUUGGUCUGAAGCUGCUGAAGGAGAGACGUGACGUGGCCAAGAAAAAGAAAUAGUGACCAGGUAAGUAAUUAGAUCCGCCAUUGUUGUUUUGGAAACUUAGCUUGGCUGUGUAUGUAGGAUUUUUCUUUCCUUUGUUUUUUUUGAGGAGGUAGAGGAUGAUAUUAAGCAAGCAGUGGGAUUGAGAUUCAUUGAAGAUGAGGAGGAAUGGGAUCAAAAGUGAUAAUGAUUUUGUAGUGUUCUUGGCAUGAAAAUGAAGAAGCUGUGUGUUGUUUGUGUUUGUUGAUCGAUGAAUUUUAGGGGCAAGCAAUGUAAUGUAGGAUUUUAUUUCUUUGAUUCUUGUUAAAGUCUUGUGGCUGGUAAUAUUCGAUUUUGUGCUUCUGGAAAUUUGUGAUAAUGAUGAUCAUCCUGCUAAUUUG